AUGUUCAAAUUUCUAUUCAACACGAUUCAGCCGCAGACGUUCAGUGUAGAGACGAUAGAUGUUUCAGACAGCAGUUGUGAUGUAGAAGAAAUACUUCUGUAUACCACACCGAGUGUAUUAUGUCUCUGCAAUGUGAAGAAAGGGUUUGUAAGUAAGAACACGAUGUAUAAAUAUCAACUGAAGACUACAUAUUCCUUGAUUCUGUCGAAGUAUCCCCUUAUCCCUGUCACGUCUUACAUCCCACACUCUACUUUAUAUGGAAGACAAAUAUCUCACACACUCGAGUGCUUCAUCAUCCGUGUAGACUUCCCAACAUCAUAUAACCAUUUGAUUGUCUUUACGAAUGUUCCACAGAUCACUGAUGUUGUUUCUGAGACAGAUAUAUACACAACAACCCUCUCAAAUUGUAAGUUGUACGCAUUCAGAGAAAUCCACGAUUUUGUCACAAAAGCACUUCGUCUCGAAGCGCCGUCUUCGACAGUCAUUUUGUACACCGGCGACUUUUCAACAACAGUGACGGUUUGCCCCGACAAGAUGUCAGUUGUUAAGACACAUGACAUAUAUGACCUCUUUGCGUUGUAUGCGCGGGAUGCAGUCAAUGAGCAGCUUGCCAAUAUUCCAUUGCUAGGCAUCACAAAGACGUAUUUAAAAGAGUGUGCGACGUGGGUGGUGAAGUUUGCUGGGUGGAUGUGUGGGAGUAGUGAUGGGCUUGGAGUCUUUCUUGACAAAGUUCGGCUAUAUUCAUCCAAAUGUGAGUGGUGGGAUGGGGGUGAUGUGCGUCUUGAAUCAGUAGAAAUGUACAAUGUGAUUCAUCGUUUUCUCUCUGUGAUGAAUGUCUCCCUCAAGGCGGACGCGUUAACAAAUUUAUUAAUGGAAAAGCAUCUUGUUGUGUCCUUCACCGACUUCCAAGAACUUUAUGAGCCAUUCUUCACUGAUGUGCUGUUGAACAACAAAGGUGGACGUGCUAUGAAUAAGGACUUUAUGAUGCUUGAGAGAGUACUUGAAGCUACUUCCCUCAAUUUCUUGAUGGAUGAACCCAUUUUAACUGACCGAACUCUUCACACUUUCAUUAUGAACUCUUUCACUAAGAAUGGCAAGACUCAGUUUCUAGCGGGUGUUGAAUGCAAUAGUUUCCAACACAUUCCUAAUGCACAAAAAAUGCUCCCGUCUCGCUUAAAAGGCAUUUCAGUCACUUUCACGGAGUGA